GAGGCCAGCGGAGGGGCAGGAGGAAGGGGUGUGGUCGCGGUCGUAGGCCGGUGGAAGCGCAGCACCAGCGCCGGGGUCGCACACCUUCGCUCCGGUACUCAAGCAAAUCGGUUCCCCAAAGCCCCGCAAAUCGGUUCCCCAAAGCCGCGCUUAAGGCAGGUAAUUUGGUUCCAAAUAACCAUAUAUAGGAAAUUGUGGUUUCCGCUCUGGUGAGAGGUUCUGGAAUAUUGGAGGCCCCUCUGCUGCUAAGAAGUUGCACAGAUUAGUUUUAUCUCCAUCCAAGGCAAAGGUGGGAUAUCAUGGCAUCUAUCUGGAUUGGACACCAAGGGACAGUUAGAGAUUAUGCAGACUUUAACCCAUCAGUGGAUGCUGAAGCCAUUCAUAAGGCAAUCAGAGGAAUCGGGACCGACGAGAAAACACUCAUCAGUGUUCUGGCUGAGAGGUCCAAUGCACAGCGUCAGCUGAUUGCUAAGGAAUACCAAGGAGCAUAUGGAAAGAAGUUGAAAGACGACUUGAAGGGUGACCUCUCUGGCAACUUUGAGCACCUCCUGGUGGCCCUCGUGACUCCACCGGCAGUGUUUGAUGCAAAGCAGCUGAAGAAAUCCAUGAAGGGUACUGGAACAAAUGAAGACACAUUGAUUGAAAUCCUAACCACUAGGACAAGCAAGCAGAUGAAGGAGAUCUAUCAAGCAUACUACACAGUAUAUAAGAAGAGUCUUGGAGAUGACAUUAGUUCUGAAACAUCUGGUGACUUCCGGAAGGCUCUGUUGACUUUGGCAAAUGGCCAAAGAGAUGAAAGUCUCAUGGUGGAUGAACAUCUGGCUAAAGAGGAUGCCCAGAUUCUCUAUAAUGCUGGUGAGAAGAAAUGGGGCACGGAUGAAGAUAAAUUCACUGAGAUCCUGUGUUUAAGGAGCUUUCCCCAACUGAAACUAACAUUUGAAGAAUACAGAAAUAUCAGCCAGAAGGACAUUGAGGACAGUAUAAAGGGAGAAUUAUCUGGGCAUUUCGAAGACUUACUGCUUGCUAUAGUUCAUUGUGUGAGGAACACGCCUGCGUUUUUAGCUGAAAGACUCCAUCAAGCUUUGAAGGGUGCUGGAACUGAUGAGUUUACUCUGAAUCGAAUAAUGGUUUCCAGAUCAGAAAUUGACCUUUUGGACAUUCGAGCAGAGUUCAAGAAGCACUGUGGCUAUUCCCUAUAUUCCGCAAUUCAAUCAGAUACUUCUGGAGACUAUGAAACCACUCUCCUGAAGAUCUGUGGAGAAGAUGACUGAGUCGAGAAGAUAAUCUCCCAGGAUGGAUUUUCCAGUAGCUAUGCUCACUUCUUUCUCAUGGUAUUUAAAAAUAUAAGCAAAUGUAAGCAGCAGCCUGUUUCCUAACAGCAAUUUUCAUUGUUCCAUAACAACAACAAAAGGAAGAUUCUAGUGUACCUCAUUCAUAAUGUAGUAGUUUAUAAAUAAAAUUUUAAACAAGUAUUAAGGAUCUACUAAUGCAGCCAAAUAACAUUUUUGUCCAGGAAUUGAAAAUCUUCGUACAGUCCUAACACAUUAAAUAUAAAGCAGGCUAAUAAAAGUUGUUGCCUUUGCCACA